GUGCUUCUGAACCAUAACCUCACUGACUCUCUCUUCAAUCAUUUUUCACUUUCUCUCUUUUCUCUCUUCAGUUUCUUCCUUCAGGCGUGGCCUUCCCUUCUCAUCAUUCCUUUCUUCUCUUUUUUUCUCUCAGUAACACAAAACAAAACCUCCAUUAAUGCUUCCUCUUCAACCACUCUGUUUUUCUCCUCCAUAAUCAUAUCUUCUCAUCCAUCUCUCUCCUCUUCACACUCUUUCUUCUUCUUCUUUCAAUUCCAAGCUUUUUCUAUAUAAAACCAUCCUUUCUUCCAUGGAUCUUUGGGAUAAACAACUUCCGGAACAUCCACACGCCGGCGCCCGUCACCGGAGGCAGAAUCCUUCCUUCUCUUCUUCUCUUCUUGACGCUAUUUAUCGCUCCAUUGACGAACCCAACGCCGUCCAACGCGAAGAACAGGUGAUCUUGUAUACAGAGACUAUGAGGAAGAAACAGAGUAUUGACGAUGAAAUUGAAGACGAUAGGUUGAAUUUCCGCCGUGCUUGUAUGAUUGAGAAAUGGAUGGAGAAGAAAGUGAGUGAGAAGGUUGUUGUUCGUCGCACCUCUAUGGCGGAUUUCGAUCGGAAGGCUAGGAAUGUUCGCGAUCGUGAUUUUAAGAAAUUGAUGAAUUCCAGUUCGAGUUCUUCGGAUUCGAGUUCCGGAGGGGGAUUUUCUUCGUCUGAAUCGGAAACGAGGUCGUCUUCUUAUACAAUGCAAAGGCCGAGGCCGAUUAGAACGGAGAAACCUCAUUUCGAAGGCUAUGGCGAUGGAAUUAAAGUUUCAAUCCCCAAUCAGAAGCCCAAACAUGAAAGUAGCUUCGUGAAGACGAAAUCUAAAGCCCUAAAAAUCUACGGCGAUCUGAAGAAAGUUAAACAGCCAAUUUCUCCUGGCGGCCGCCUCGCGACUUUCCUCAACUCGCUCUUCAAUGGAGGAAGCCCAAAGAAACAGAAAUUCACAAAUUCCGUCAAACAAAACGACGCUUGUAUGAGAAAAUCAAAAUCCGCUCAAGGAUCGACGUGUUCUUCCGCGUCGUCGUUUUCUAGAUCUUGUCUGAGCAAAACACCUUCGUCCGGCGAGAAACUCAUAAACAGCGGCAGCACAAAACGAUCGGUGAGAUUUUGCCCUGUGAGCGUGAUACUAGAUGAAGAUUCUCGGCCUUGUGGACACAAAAGCCUUCAAGACGAGCUUGGUCUAAUGGCGGCAGCAACAACUCUGCGAAACGCUUUAAGAAACGACCAUUGCCGAGCAGAGGAAGCUUCAGAAGAUGUGAUGAUGAACAUGAACAGUUACCAAAAGAAGAUCAAUGGCGAUGUGUAUAUAAACAGAGAGGAAGAUGAAGAUGAAGACGAAGAAGAAGAAGACGACGACGACGACGAAGAUGCAUUGAGUUGUUCGAGCUCUGAUCUGUUCGAAUUGGAUAAUCUGUCAUCGAUCGGAAUUGAAAGGUAUCGCGAAGAAUUGCCAGUGUACGAAACUACGCAUUUCAAUACGAAUCAAGCCAUCGCCAAUGGAUUAAUUUUGUAAUAAUUAAUUAACCAAUUAAAGAAAAGGAAAAAAAAAAAAGAGGAAAAUAUGGGGAUGUGGUAAAAAGUUUUUAUUAGCCUUUUGGAAUUAGUGUCUUGGGGGUUUACAUGAAGAAUAACUAAAGAUUUUCCCUUUCUUUUC